AUGGAUGUCAUCAAGGUCAGCAUCAAUGUCAAUGUCUGCAUGGAGACCUGUAGUACAGGGUCCCCACACGUUUCCACCCUCCCUGUGUUGGAGUAUCUGGACCUGAGUUGGAACAACCUCUACUCCAUCCAGAACCACACCUUCUACAACAUCAACCACCUCAAGAUCCUCUAUCUCAACAACACCCUUCUCCAGACUAUACAAAACGGAGCCUUCGCCGAUCUUCAGAACCUAGAAGUACUGGGAUUGGCCGGGACAAGAGUCUCCGACCUAAGCAACCCUGAUUUCCUCACGGCCAACUUGAAGAACCUACGGUCCCUUUCCUUCGCAAACAGCAGCAUCAAACUAAACCAGCUUCAAAUGGUUACCGAGAAAGGACUGGGCUCGCUGAAGAACCUACAGGACUUAAACCUGGAGUACAACACUCUCAACUGUGCCUGUAACCUUGAGUGGCUGAUCAAAUGGGUCAGUGAAAACCAAACCCAAGUUGUGUUCCACAACCUCGCCAACUACUUCUGCGCCUACCCAAGAUCAGACCGCCGGAUCACCAUUCUGAACUAUGACCUGGAAGCAGAAAAGUGCCACAGCCAGCUGCGAUACUACGCCGCCAUUCUCUCCAGCGUUUUCAUCCUCGUUUACAUGAUGGCCAUUUUUGUGAUGUACCGUAACAGAUACUACAUCGAGUACGGCUGGUACUUACUCAGGUCAAAGGCGAAAGGUCGUCCCAAAGCCCCCCUCGGUAAGCGAAAAAUUUACCACGCCUUCAUUUCCUACAACGGCAGGGAUUCGAAGUGGGUCACAAGACGCCUGGUGCCGAAACUCGAGCAAGAAGAGCCGCGGUUAAAACUAUGCAUACACGAGAGAGACUUUACUGGUGGAGUCUCUAUCGUAGAAAACAUCAUUACGAACAUACAGAAGAGCAGGAAGGUGGUCUGUCUGGUCACCAGGAAUUUCCUGAAGAGUGGUUGGUGUAGAGAAGAGUUCCACCUGGCUCAAAUGGGCUUGUUUGAAGACGGAAACGAUGUCCUGAUCCUCGUCCUGUUGGACAACAUCCCGGAACACUACCUCUCCACCUACGUUCGACUGAGGAAGCUCAUGUGCAGGAAAACGUACAUAGAGUGGCCCACAGACCCGAAGGAGGAGCCACUGUUUUGGAGGAGGCUGAGGGAAGCUUUAGAAACAAGCAAUGUUCCCAAACAGCAGAGGCGCACUGCUGCAUAUGGUGCAAUUGUAAUGGAAGACGAAGAACUGGAAAGCUUGCUAUAA